CAUCCAGUUGUCGUUGUCGCAAGAGUGCACAGCCCGUCUCCUGUGCAGAGUUUCUCGUAGUACCUCCAUUAACGUCUGCACAACGACAAUGUACGUCCUUACAGCAGUCUGUAUGCUGGUGGCCGGUGUCGCAGCGACAUCUGUCUACGACUACGCCAACAUCUCUCCCUACGACAUCAAGGCUUUGCUGGAGCGUCUGGAAAGAGUGAGUGAAUUCGAGGAUCAAGUAGCUCAGCAGCUGAACAAUGCCACAGACAACGCGAACAGCAUCUUCGAUUUACUGGAAGAUAUCAACAACACCACUUUGAAAGAUAUUCGGGAGAAAGAAGCCGAACAGGACAGAAGACUUCAGGAUAUUUUUAAACGGAUCAAGCAGGAUGCACUGAGAGCCGCUGCUGUGAUUGCUCGCGUCCAGGGUGCAGAUGCUCAAGCAAAGUUUAACCUGGAGCAACUCACCCGAAUCCAGGCCAGAAUCGCUGAACUGACGAAAGUAAAUGUUCAGGAAGAUGCUGACCUGGAAGAUGUGGCCGUCACCCUCAACAACAGCAUUGCUGCUGUCAGGAAAAGUAUCAAAUUUAACUCCAACGAUGCCGAGGGUGAGCUUGAACGACUGGAGGCCGCCAUAGAGGAGACCGUUAACCUCAUCGACACCCGAUUCUGCGUCUCUGGUGAAACUGUGGUGGAGUUCUACGGAAAGCAGAACGUGGCUGAGGGCACAAUCUCCAUUCAAGAUGGCUUGUUCACUGGCACUCCUCAAGUGUACUGCAGCAUCCAGGGCUACAAGAGCAAGCUGUACCUCGACAGAAGCGAGCGCUACAAUGGAUAUCCGAAUAACUAUGGCAACUACAACAACGGCAACUAUGGCAACAACGGCAACUACGGCAACAACGGCAACUAUGGCAACUAUGGCAACAACGGCAACUACGGCAACAACGGCAACUAUGGCAACUACGGCAACAACGGCAACUAUGACUACAACGAAAACUAUGAAAACAACGGCAACUACCGAAACAAUGGUUACUACAGAAACAGGCGCAGCUUCCUCGACUUGCGUGUGGACUGCGAGUUUGCCAACGGCAAUGUCCUUGUUCGCGCCUUCGACGCCAGCGAGGGCGGAAAUGACGUGGAGAAAGUCUUCGUCGUGGCCAGGGUCUGCUCCUUCGGUUCCCAAGCCCCUUAAGCACUAGGAAGACAACUAAACCUUUUGUAAACCUUCUGAGCGUUCUUUUUUUUGGUUUAUGUUGCUGAAUAUUAGUCUAUUAUAACGACUGCUGUCUUCAACUGAACAAGAACGCUAGAGAGGGUUCGCACAAACUGGUUCAAAAUGUCAAUGAAAUAUCUCAAAAUUUAAGCAAAUAAUCUUUAAAAUAAAAAAAGUGCUUACACUGAUGCAUCUUCUUGGACGACUUCCCAAAAGCAUAAAAUUCUUUAACAGAUCAUUUACUGCCAAAACAUCUUUGUAAAUUAUGUACAUACCGAGAGAAAUGUUGUGUAAAUCUGUUCCUGCAGUUAUUUUGCUUGUAUAAAAUGUGCGCACACCAAAUAAAGAAAAUGAAAAGAAAA